AUGUCUACCAUUCAGGCAGUCCAUACAACUCCUAUCCAAGGCCAAAAACCAGGAACAUCUGGUGUCCGCAAAAAGGUCACAGAAGUUCUCCAGCCUCAUUACAUAGAGAAUUUCACUCAGAGCUGUUUUAACACCGUCAAGGAGCGAGAAGUUCUUGAAGGCAGCACAAUUGUGGUCUCAGGUGAUGGCAGAUAUUAUAACAAGACUGCAAUCCAGACUAUCCUCAAAGUCGCUGCAGGCAAUCGUGUAGGACGAGUUUGGGUUGGACAGAACGGAAUUUUAUCAACUCCAGCAGUUUCUGUAAUAAUAAGAGAAAGAGAAGGAGGGAUUGCCUUAGGAGGCCUCAUUCUCACUGCAAGCCACAACCCAGGUGGGCCAAAUGCUGAUUUCGGUAUCAAAUACAACAUUGGAAAUGGAGGCCCAGCUCCUGAAGACUGGACAAAUAGGAUUUAUGAGCAUACCAUCUCGAUCUCUGAAUAUUCAAUUGCAGAUAUCCCUGAUGUUGAUAUCUCAAGCCUUGGAAGAACUGAAUUUCAAGUUGACGGGAGGCCUUUUGUUGUAGAAGUGAUUGACUCAACUGAAGACUAUGUAGCAAAAAUGCAAAGCAUUUUUAAUUUUGACGACUUAAGAGCUUUAGUGUCAAGACCUGACUUCAAAAUUCAUUAUGACUGCUUAAGCGGGGUUUCAGGACCAUAUGCGAGACAUAUUUUCCAUAGGAUUUUAGGAGUUCCAUUGGAGCAAAUCAAAAAUUCAGAGCCUCUUGAAGAUUUUGGAGGCGGACACCCAGACCCUAAUUUAGUUUAUGCUCAUGAUUUAGUUCAUGCAAUGGGAAUUGGAGCUGAAGUGCAGCAUGGAGAUUAUCCUGAUUUUGGAGCUGCAAAUGAUGGAGAUGCUGAUAGGAAUAUGAUUUUAGGCAAACAAUUUUUCGUGACCCCUUCAGAUUCUGUAGCUGUGCUUGCUGCUAAUUCAGCAGCGAUACCAUAUUUUGCAGGAGGUCUUAAAGGAGUAGCUAGAAGCAUGCCUACAAGCACUGCGAUUGACUUCGUAGGACAAAAGCUAGGGAUACAGGUUUAUGAAGUCCCAACUGGGUGGAAGUUCUUUGGGAAUUUGAUGGACGCUGGAAGACUGAGCAUUUGUGGAGAAGAAAGCUUUGGUACUGGAAGUGACCACAUCAGAGAAAAAGACGGCGUCUGGGCAGUUUUAGCAUGGCUCAGCGUUAUUGCCUAUAAAAACAAAAACUCUGACCACUUGGUAGGGGUUGAAGAAAUUGUGAGAAGCCACUGGCAAGAGUAUGGGAGAAAUUAUUAUAUGAGAUAUGACUACGAAAACGUAGACUCAAAUGCCGCCAACCAGCUAAUGGAGACACUUAAAAACAAGUUUUCUGAGUUCCAAGGACAAGCUGACAGCUAUGAAUAUACAGACCCAGUUGACCAUUCUGUGACUAAAAACCAAGGACUAAGAUUCAUAACUCCAGAAUGGCGUGUAAUCUACCGUCUCUCUGGAACUGGCUCUUCAGGUGCUACCGUUCGUGUUUAUUACGAAAAAUACGAAAAGGUAAAUUUGGAUUUAUCCACUGACCAAGCCCUUGGAUCCAUAAUUGACUGGUCUCUCAAGUUCUCCGACAUUAAUGCCAUUCUUUCCGUCACUGGCCCUACAGUCAUAACCUAA